AUGCCCUACGGGAUAACUGCGGAUGAGACCGCUAAAUAUGCGAGUGAAUUUGCAGUUGUAGAUGAUGGCGCUGGUCGCAGUCAAGCUAUCAUUAUUGUCACUGCGCUGUUUUUGGCCCUUGCCCUCAUUAGUGUUGCUAUGCGAACUUACGUGCGUCUGCGAAUUGUUCGAGCUUUCUCUUGGGAUGACGGGCUCAUGCUUCUUGCCAUGUUAUUCGCUCUUGGCUUCGGCGCGUGUACAAUAUUAGGGGCUAAGGUCGGAAUGGGCAGAAAGCUGAUCUACUUUGCAACCAAGCCCCAUAAUUUCCACAAGGCGAUGCUGUCCUGGUGGUUGGGCCAAAUCUUCUACGUCUUCGUCUGCAUUCUCUCCAAGAUCUCCAUCAUUCUCACUCUUUUGCGCUUGACGGUUGUCCGCUCCCAAAUCCUCAUUCUUUACGCUACUGCCUCUUUAGCCAUUAUCGUUGGCUUCAUUUUCCUUUUCUUCACAAUCUUCCAAUGCAGCCCGGUCGACUACCUCUGGAAUCAAAGUCUCACACAGGAGAAGGGCACCUGUCUCGAUGUAAACCUACUCAUCGAUAUCGUAUAUCUGUACAGUGUUGGCUGUGUGGUAUGCGAUCUGAUUAUCGGAUUUCUUCCAGUAGCUUUGAUCUGGAACUUGCGCAUUAGUCGUCGCAAGAAGGCCGGUGUCGUCGGCAUUCUUGGAGUUGGUUGCACCGCCGGUGUCGCACUCAUUACUCGCAUCCCCUUCAUCGCGAAUCUCAAAGAUACGGAAUUCUUAUAUAAUUCUUAUCAAAUCGCCAUAUGCUCCAACGCUGAGGGGAGUUUAAGCAUUGUAGCUGGUUCGCUGAUUACUCUAAGACCCCUGGUUCGAGUUUUCCGAGAUAAAUCCGACAACACAUCAACCCCCAACUCUUACCCACUCAAGGGUUCAUAUCCCUUGAAUAAUAGGGCCAACAGGAGUCACCGGUUCUCAAGAAUGGGCGAAGAUGACACAGUGGUGGAGAGCAGGCCCUGGACUGCUGCCAAUGAGCAAGAGUUUACAAACGCCACUGUCAUGGGUGGCCAAACUCAUCCAGCUACAAAAAAUAACAGUAAGGAGGAACUCAAUCCAAAUCGGAUAAAGCGAGAUAUUCGUGUCUCUGUGCAUGAAUCAGCACAGAGGUAA